GGUGUGUGUUUCGUGUUAUCAUUGUUGUCUAUCAUUGUUGAAAAAUCAAAAUAGUCGAACCAAAGGAAUUAUUUGAGCAAUCAGAGAUUGUUUUGCAGUUAAAAGAAAGUUUGAGUGUUUUUCCACGAAAGUACCCAAUUGCUGUUGCUGUAAAAAUUCUCGGAAAUAUGCAAAGUCUAUGGAAAAAAGAAGCUUCUGAACCGCAUGCACUUUUUAUUGAUUGUUUCGCCAGCGUUCCGAAGAAUUUUGUCGAAGAGGUUGCUAUCUGGCUGUGUGGCUUUCGGUCCGAACCAAAAAUAAUAUCAAAAAAUGGUGAAACUCGGAAAAGAAAGGCAAAUCAACCACUACCAGAGAUUGUGCCCAAACGAAGCAGUAGAAUUUUGGAGAAGCAAACGAAUGGCAUUCGGCAAAUAUACAGCAAAACGGAGAGAUUGAGGCCAAAAUAUGAAAAACGUUUGCAACGGUUUGUGCCAUGUUUAAGUUAUCCACCAAAUAAAAAUUACGAAGAUUUGGCCAAUGUACUUGAAGUGGAUACGAGCAAAUUAUUUGGUCGUCACAUUGUCGCCAAUUGUGACAUCGAUGUGGGCCAAAUCAUUGGUGUAGCCAAGCCGUUCUCACAAAUCAUCUAUGGAUCGAUCGAUGGAAACAACAAUAGCUCUUUGCCAUCGAAUUGUUUGACGUGCCAUAAAAACAAUGUCACCGUCCAAUGUGAACGUUGCGAUGAUGUCAUGUUUUGCAGCGAAGAAUGUCGUUCAGCGAAUAAAAUCCACAAAAUUGAAUGCACUUCAAUUUCUCAUAAGAUUUCGGAUCAAUUUUAUGAUGUGAAAUUGGCCAUUCAAAUGGUUUUAACGACUGUUAAAACUUUUUCGAGUGCUUAUGGCAUGAUAAAUAGUUUUGAAAAAUCUAAUCUUGCCAAAAAUUACACGCAACAUAAAUGGAUUAUGUUAAAUUUAACGAAAAUGGAGCGAGAUAAUACCAUUCUACGCGCUUAUCGAGCAUUCGAGUGUCUGAUGACAAUGGAUUUCAUCACAAGCCGUUUCAACACAGAUCGCAGCAAACGUUUUCUGAUGCACUUGGUUCUGCAUUAUACGGCAAUCAUUCCAGCCAAUGCAUUUAUUGAUAAUGCCGGAACAAAAUCCAUCUAUGGCACGUUGUCAUUUUUCAACCACAGCUGUGCUCCAAAUGCUUGCUAUGGCUUCAAAGACGGCAAGGGAUACAUCAUCACAAUUCGGCCGAUCAAACAAGAUGAACAAAUAUUCAUCAACUAUAUCGGUGAUAAAAUAAAAGGGAGCAGAGUGCAACGGCAGGAACACAUCAAACGGCACUGGGAGUUUGAGUGCAAAUGUGAACGAUGCGCUGCAACAGCCGUCAUACAACCCAUUUCAUUUUUAAUCGAUGAUCCACAUUAUCGAUACAUUCAAAACAAUAAAAAAGACCGUUUUCUGCCAUUUGGAUGUAAAAAACGAAAUCGAUUGCGUGACGAGUGCAUGAAUUUUCUACGAAAACAUGGUCAUUGUUGGACACUUGUACUUGACGACGUCACCAUUUCCUUUUUACUAUCACAUACCGAUGAUUCCUUUUGAUCGAUUUAAUCGAUAAUUGUACAAUUUACACAAAAAAAGUCACUCUUUUUUUAAUUUAUUUAUUGAAUAUAUUUAAUUUAUUGAUCUCUGAACUGAUCAAUCGAAA